AUGCUUCAUUGUUGUCGAUGCAAUAAAAGUCGAUCUCCAAAAGAUAGGAACAAAAGCAAUACUAAAUUGCAGGAUCACUAAAUUGAGUAAAGGGUGUAGCAGGCGAACCAUUAACAAGCUUAUAUUGCGAAGAUUAAGGAGAAUGAAUAAAUGAUUCUGAAAAUGUACAAAGAGUUGUAAGAUGAAAAUGGUAGACUUAGAAGUCUUAUAAAUUCGUGUAGAUUGGAAUAGGAGAAAUUAGAAUUGCAGGAGAAAUUCAAUUAGUUAUAGAUUCAAAGCAUACAAUUUAUUCCUCAAAGUCAUUCGAGAUCAAUACUGGAGGAGACUAAUUUACAUUUUAGUACCAAGCAACAGUCUUUCCAAUUUAAUGACCCCAGCAAUAUAAAAUAUUAAUCGUUAAAAAAAUUGUACGACGAAUUAAUUAAGGAUAAGGACUGGGAUGCUUAGAAAAAGAAUCAGUAUUCAUCUUCAAUAUAGUUUCUGAAUAAUAUUCUUUAAUAGAAGUAAGAAGACUUGGAAUUGGCACAAGGCCAAAUCAUUAAGCAGAAUAAGAUCAUUGGGGAAUAUGAGUUAAAAUAUAAUUAAUUAUUAUGUAAUACAUAUGAUUAAUAAAUAAGAGGAUUACUAGUAGUUAUAAUAGGAGGUUUACUAAAGGAAGAGAUCAUUCUCGGAAUUUAAAACCAUGGCACUAUCGUAGGAUAACCCUUUUAAUGGAGUGAUUUAGGAGGCGAUCAAAUUAAACCCUUAGAAAAUUGUAAUAAAAACUAUAAAUUGAGUUCGUCUAUUUAUAUAAUUAUAUUUAUAAUGAUUACUCGCAGUGAAAUUAAGGGAUUUCUGCCCCAAAGUAUUAGUAAACAAUAUAAAACAGAACCGAUAGAUCAGAAUAUCAGCGAUCUCUCCUUCAGUUUCACACACAGUUUGAAGAGUAGUGUGAAGCCGAAGUUAAACGAUUCAAUACAAUUCGAAACCCAGAUAUCUUAGAGAAUUCAAGUUAAACCUCCUCUAACAUCAAAGAGCAACAAAAAGUUCUCGAUCCCAAUAAUCAGAGAUAAAACAAACUUUAAUUCUGGAUUGAUUAGUGAUUAAAUGUCUACUCCUAGAUCGAAAUUGUAAGACUGUAAAUUUUAACUAAUUCAUCUCAAGCUGUAAAACUAACAAAACCAAAAGAUCAACAAGCAAAUAUUGAUUGAGAAAUUAUCUAAGCAAUUGAAACAAUCUUCAACAACCAACAUCCCAAAAUCAAAAGAGAUGAUGUAAAUUGAGUUGUUAUUAGCUGCAUACAAUUAAUUACACUUAAGUCAUUCAAAGUUGAAACAGGAGAACAAGACUUUAGAAUAAGAAAUCACAAUAUGGAAAUCAAAGUAUCAGGAUUUGGAAAAAAAGACAAAAUCAAACAUCCAUUCUAAAAGUACAUCAUUAUAAGUGUAAUUCAAUAAGCCAAUUAAUUAAAAUAUAUAAGAGAGAUUAAAAACACAAUCAAAUUCUUUUAAGUUCUCCUUAUAUUGA